AAUUAAGAUAAUUAUCAGUUCAAUUAAGGGUCUAGUUCAGUAAUUGAGAGGUCAGUUUGAUUGAAAACCAGCAGACACAACAAGGGGUCCCCCGGACCGGGGUUCAAAACCGCUGCAUUAGAAUAUUUUAUUAACAUUUCAUGAUUUUUUUCGGGGGGAGGGGGGUUCAUUUCAAGAGCGAGACUUGCUAAAACGUUACUAAAAACGUUGCGAGGAGCCUCUAACUUCAAUUAUUUGGUUAAUUUGUAACCCAAUUUGAAUUUAAUUAGGUGCGAAACGGACACCAGUAUAUUAGCUUCUGCUGGUUGCUAUAGUAACCAGGGGAAAAAAAAAAAAAACACAACCGGAAACAGAAAUGUACCUAGGUUUGUGUUUUAAAAAUAAAAAAAAACGCCGUUUAGCAAAAAAUGACAGCGGAUAGAACGGUUUAAAAAAAAUUAAAAAAUUAAAAAAAAGACGUUGACGAGGUAAACAUUGUCUACUUCAGGUAUAACUUCGUAAAGAUUGAUUUUGUAGAACAAUACGGCUUUUUUAUUUUCGAAAAACAGUAGCUGUUUUGGCAUAGACAAAUACAUACAAUUAUAUAUACCAACUAACUUAUAUUAUUAUUACUAUUAUUAUUAUUAUUAUUAUAACCGCGGCCUUGUUUAUUUUUUCUUGCUCGCAGUACGUGGUAAUGAUGGGCGUUGCUAAGGGCAACGAUCUCUGUACCUGUGUUGUGUUUCUGCGCUUGUUCAGAGUAAAUAAUUAAUCUACAAAUAUGCCAAUUCAAAGGGCUUUUCGUGUCCUGAUUUUUUGUUAUUUAUAUAAUUGAAAGGUAACUGUGGUCACACACGCACAGCUAUACUGCUACUGGCGGCGUUAAUUUAGUUUACUGUGUUUGUUUAGGCGUCCUUUUUUUUUUUUUUUUUUUGGUAUUUACUUUGGACGGAUCGAGAGGCGGACGUGCAGUGGAAAAAAAAAAGAUUAUUCUGUCUUUCUGACGACUAAAGAGUAGUUCUGUAAAAGGAAGAAAAAAAAAAAAGCCCUCUCAGUAAUGGAAGGUGCCAAGGUGGGAAUCCCCUCUUCUCCAGUCUCGCAGAGCGCCCCUCCUGGAAAGCCUGUGUCGCUGGUUCUGCCUCCCACCCCCUGCGUGGAGUACAGCGAGCCCAGCGGGACCCCCACUCAGACCGGACCCCUGAAGGAGCGCAGGACCUCCGCAGAGCUGCGACAAAGCACAGAGGCCCCCCUUUCUCUCUCCAGUCCGGAGCUGUUGUCCGAGUUGAAGACUGGGAAGCAGCUGAGACGCGUUCCCAGGAGUACCGGGAUGACCACAGUGUUCUCCGGACGAGGCAGAGCGGGCCAUCGCCUGAACUCGGAGUAACUCUGAUUGGUCGGCACAGCCAGCCAAUCGGAACGCUGCUCCACGCUGCCACACAGCCAAUCAGCGACAGCGGCGACCCCUCUGUGAACUGUGACCUCCCGAUUCGGGGGUGCGAGAGGCCAACCGCAGCCCGUGCCAACUCCCAGCAAAACCAAUCUGCCUCUAACAGCCAUGCCAGCAGCCUAAUCGAUGUGUACUGUGAAUUACUGCGCUUUACUGGACUCUGGGACGCACUGAAAAAAUAAAGCUGAGAGACUGGGAUGGAAGGAAGACUCCCACUGCACAGCAGUGUGAUCCAUUCCAGGUUUUACUACCAGCUUGAUCAGCCCCAGUGUGUCUAGGUAACAAGCUCAGGUGUGUCUGAUUAUUAAACUCACAGUGAAAACAGGACUGGAUCAAACCGCUCUGCGACAGGAGUCUCAUUUCCAUCCUUGAGAAAAAUGAUGCUGUUAUAAAUUUGACAAACAGGAUCUAGAAAAGAACAGAUCACAACCUUCUCUCUCUCUCUCUCUCUCUCUCUCUCUCUCUCUCUCUCUCUCUCUCUCUCUCUCUCUCGAUAGCUCGUUUAGUCACCUCUCCUCUUGAUUCUAAUUAUAUAGCUCAGUACAGUUAGAUGGGAAGACUUCAAACGUCAGCCAAGUGUUUAAUAGUUCAGAGGCAGGGUCUGUUUUAAGGAUCUAGCAUCCCAGAGCUGUGUUUUAAUUCUUCCUGUAAUAGUAACCCAGGCGGGGGUCCCUCAGAAGUGAUUUGUUGAGAGAAUUCUGAACGUGAUUAAUACGCACAGUACCGACACAGUGAAAUCAGGGUUGAACAUUUUCAGGGAGGCGAUCAUUGAAACAGACCCUUCAGGGGUUUCGCCAAAACCUUCAAAACCGUUGUCAAAAGUGUGUGUGUGUGUGUCUGAGUGUCACUGUCUGUCUGUCUGUGAGUGUGUGUGUGUGUGUGUCUGUCUCUGUCUGUCUGUGAGUGAGUGUCUCUGUGUGGUGUGUGUGUGUGUCUGUGUCUGUGUCUGUGUGUGUCUGUCUCUACGUGUGUGUCUCUGUGUGUGUGUGUCUGUCUGCGUCUGUCUGUGUCUGUCUCUGCGUGUCUGUCUGUGUGUGUCUGUGUGUGUGUGUGUGUGUGUGUGUGUGUCUCUAGCACUCUGCCGUGUUUGUACAGUAGCCAGCGUACAGUGUAAGUGAAUUUAGUUCUCAAGAAAAACAGAAUAAAAAAGAAAAAGUAGGGAAGAAAAAUAAUUUAAAAAGAAGGAAAGAGAAUAACGAAGGGAAGAAUGAAAGAAAGUAAAUAAAAGGGAAGAAUAAAAGGAAGGGGGGAUGAAGAGAAAGAAUAGAGGGAAGGCUAAAAGAAGAAUGAAAUAAAUUGAAGGAAAGGGGAAGGAAAGAAGGAAACAGUUGUUUUUUUUUUGUUUUAUCAGUAUUUCAAUCACACACGCCUAUUCUGGUAUUUUAUCUGCUAAUAAGACCCAAGCCUAUCAACAAAUACCAAUCAUGUUAACACCAGCGCUUCACCCUCUGGCUUUACCGCAGCUUGUCAGAUUAAUGAGUCACCAGCCAUCGACCUUUCCACUCCACACAGCAGAUUGCUGGCUGGCUGGUGGCAGUAAAAGCUGAUUACAGGAACGUUUUGCCUUUCCCAGUCAAAGUGACACGUCUCUGAUUCCAGUAAUCAGAUGCACAGCUUCUCUCCCUUCCUCCCAGUCCCUCCUCGGCUCUACUAGAGCCACACUGCCUCCCUCCCUCCCAGUCCCUCCUCAGCUCCACUAGAGCCACACUGCCUCCCUCCCAGUCCCUCCUCAGCUCCACUAGAGCCACACUGCCUCCCUCCCUCCCAGUCCCUCCUCGGCUCCACUAGAGCCACACUGCCUCCCUCCCUCCCAGUCCCUCCUCAGCUCCACUAGAGCCACACUGCCUCCCUCCCUCCCAGUCCCUCCUCAACUCCACUAGUGCCACACUGCUUCCCUCCCUCCCAGUCCCUCCUCAGCUCCACUAGAGCCACACUGCUUCCCUCCCUCCCAGUCCCUCCUCAGCUCCACUAGAGCCACACUGCCUCCCUCCCUCCCAGUCCCUCCUCAGCUCCACUAGAGCCACACUGCUUCCCUCCCUCCCAGUCCCUCCUCAGCUCUCAGCACUAGCAGCCAGCGUCUCUCUCUAUAUUAGCAAUGUUUUUUUUGUGUGUUGUCUCAUGUUGGUAUGGUUUUAUUUGUGUAUCCUUGUCGUCCUGGUUAAUAAAGUUCAGUGACUUGUGUUCCUUUCUUUAGUGUGGUCUUUCUUCAUCUCUGCAGCAGACAGGGUCCUGAGACAGAAUACUGACUGACUGACACCCUAUUGACAGUUUUAUGGCAGGUACACCCUAUUGACAGUGUUUUGGCAGGUACACCUUAUUGACAGUGUUAUGGCAGGUAUAUCCUAUUGACAGUGUUAUGGCAGGUGCACUCUACUGACAGUGUUAUGGCAGGUACACCCUAUUGACAGUGUUAUGGCAGGUAUGCCCUAUUGACACUGUUUUGGCAGGUACACACUAUUGACAGUGUUAUGGCAGGUAUAUCCUAUUGACAGUGUUAUGGCAGGUGCACUCUACUGACAGUGUUAUGGCAGGUACACCCUAUUGACAGUGUUAUGGCAGGUAUAUCCUAUUGACAGUGUUAUGGCAGGUACACCUUAUUGACAGUGUUAUGGCAGGUACACCCUAUUGACAGUGUUAUGGCAGGUAGCCCUACACGUAAGAGGUCAGACUGAACCUCACCUUGCACUGUUUGAUAAAUCUUUGCCUUAUCUACAAAAAACAAACCCAGUCAGCAAACGUGGGUUACGAAAUGAGAGAGAGAGAGAGAGAGAGAGAGAGAGAACGCCUCAGCUAAGCAAAAAUCUGAAACUUAAAAUUUAAAAACUCUCCAAAAAAAAUGACAAUAGGUGAAACUUAGGGAUGAAUGUCAGAUUAUUUGGUAGGUUCGAUUUGUUUUCUUAAUGCAAAUCACCAGCGUUAGGACAGACGCACAGACGCACAGACGCACAGACACUGCAAUAGGAUUUCAAAUCCGUGUCCGCUGUUAUGAAGUAUGUCGGGUUGCGUGUAGCGGUUGAAACCAGAGUUCUCGCCGUUUGUUUCACGCGGUAACUGUCCUGGAAAAACGGAAGAAAAAAGAAGUGUGUUUUGUUGUUUUUUUUUUUAAAUGAAGACGGUCGGUAAAGCAAUGGGGUCAGCGCGGUUUUAUAAAUUCUUCAUCCCGGUGGCUGUGUUCGCUCUUCUACUCUACCUGGCAAGCCUCAGAUUGCCAGAAUCACACCGGUGGGAUUGCAGAGCUAUCGGGGGACCCUGCCUCAGGAAUCACAUUUCUGGGGAGCCUGGGGGUGAUGUCAGCUCCAGGCCAGCAGAGGGCGCUGUGGAGAGCACGGAGCACAGCAGGCUGUGCCGGGGGCGGGACUUCCAGAUCCACCGGGUGCUGACAGCGUUUAACUCCGCGGUGACCGUAGAGCGGGAGAUACUGCUGGACCGCUACCUGGAGGGCUGGGAUGAGCUGGUCAAGUUCCUGGAGGCUUUGGGGACAGUGAUCGGUUUCAUCUCUCAGGAGGUGAAGGGUAAGCUGGGGCUGGUGCGGGAUCUGCGUCGUGGAGCCCCUGCGACGGAGAAGGGGGACCCCUAUCGGACCUUGCGCUCCAUGAUGGCUCACGAGCUGCGGGCGGGGCUGGUGGAUUUCCGUCGGCAGUCCCUCUCCGGCUGUCGCACUCUGCUGAGGCUGCACCGCUCCCUGCACUGGCUGCAGCUGUUCCUGCGCGCCGUGGAACGCAGUUCCGCAGAGGACAGCAUGGGGGCGCUGUGCAGCGUGGCGUACAACCAGGCGCUGGCGCCUUACCAUAGCUGGCUGCUCCGGCAGGCCGUGGGUGUGGCUCUCGUGGCGCUGCCAGACAGGGCGGAGUUCUUCAGGAUCGUGUGUGGGGAGGAGGGGGAGGAGGAGAAGGGGGAGAGGGAGAGGGAGGGGCGGCAGCUCCUUGAGAGGACAGUCCUGGCUAUCACACGGGUUUAUAACAUCACACAGGAGGCGUACCAGGAGAACGGCAUGCUGGACUUGCCCUAACCUCCAGGUCCUAUUCCCCCCCCUACCCCCAAGCUCAUGGCUGGUAUCUCCUCAAUAUUUUGUUUCAGACACCCUAUCUGCAAAAUCUUAACUGCUAACUCUCAGCCCUUCAAAAGGAGGAGACAAUUUUGUUGAAUUGUCACGUAUGUCACCUCCUGACCCUUCAUGUGCUCUGGAGCCCCCAUUCUCAAUGGCAGCGUGGUUAACGAAGCACCGACAGGACACCAAUGGAGGAAACAGAGCCACCUGUAGCUCGAGCUGGCAAAGUCAAAUAUUUAUCAGAGGAGCGAUUUUCAUAUCGUGCCAUUGGUUUAGUGUCUGCUUGUGCAGGUUGUGGAUCCAUAACUAUAACAGCAAAUGCUGCAGAAUUUAGAAAUAUCGUAAGACUUAAUUGAAAAAGAAAAUUAAUGUUUCAAUGAGAAAUCUUUUAUAAAAACACAAAUGAUCUUUCAUGUAAGGAGCCUGAGUUCAUGAAACCAGGCACAAGCAGAAAUGAUACCAAACUUAGUUCUUUGGAAAUAGGAAAGAUCCAUCUUGCUAGAAUCUGUGUAAAACCCCUAAAAUUUAUUACAAUAUAUAUUUUUUUUGAAUGUCAACUGUAAGCAAGUGAUACUUGACAUUCAUCCUAACCACACAUUUCUCUUCAAAAAACACUUUUGCUGGUUUCACCAACUCUAGCCUUUUAACUAUCUUAAAAUGAGAAAAAAAAAGUGAAUCAUGGUCUGUGAAACCAGCCAUUUCACAUGCUAGUCUCCAGCUAAGAAUUAGAUUUUAGUAUAGUCUUACCAGGAGAUUAGACAGACACCAUGUCUAUCUACACACAUGUUUCUGAAGUUCUAACAAGCUAGUUUCAUGCACUAU